ACAUGACGGACGCGCAAGGAUUAAGUUUGUGGAUUCGUCUUGAGAACGACCCAUCCCCUGAGGACGUCAACGUUCCACCUGAAUGCACGCAUUUGUCCCGCCUCGCGCAUCAUCUUAAACAGCAGUAUGAUAUACUCAAGGAUGUCAGGCAAAGCCAGAUCAAGUUUAUCCUCAAUGGUCAGCUUCAAAGGAUGGCUACUCGUCUCGACAGGAUUGAUACAACUGAUGAAAAGCCACUCGUUAUCCGAUUUCCACUCUCUGAUAAUAGAAUUUCUAUUCGCAUGUAUUCCGGCAGAAAUAGUAGAACAACGAUGAUCCCUCACUACACUGACAUGUGGGAAUGUACUCGUCAGUUCGCCAUGCAGGCAUUCGAAGUGUUAAAGUCAGAUUCCCCUGUGAAUUUCUGGUUUGUUGAUAACAAGACGUCAACAGAAAUCACAAACGAAUUUCA